GCCAACAUCACCCCGUCCACCGCCGAUCCCGAUCGCUGCGUCGUCUGGGGCCACCGGGGCCGCUUUGCCUCCAUGUCGAUGGCGGCACACCAGCGCUGCUCGACUGCCGUGGCUGAUGCAUCGGCAUCCAGGGCCGCCGUGUGCCAAGGCGACAGAGAAUGUGGGUGUGAGUGUGUAGGCCGUGUCCUCGCUGCCGCUCUCGCUCUCCGAGAUGGGUCUCCGAGAACAGCUUUCCUGCCCCUGUUUGCAUGGUGUUCGUUGGAUUGCGCAUUUCGCUCGAUCGCUCCCACAGCCAGCCAAUCUGCAGCCUCGAGAGCACCGCCAUGUUCCGAGCCAUCCUCAGGCGGUCCUACUCGACCGGCCAGCCUAUCCUGCCCACCACCCGAUUCGCCAACGCCGUCGCCCAGGCCAACUACCAAUGGCUCAAUCAGGCCCUUGAGCUGCCGCUCGUUCACAAACCCACCAACACCAAGGUGCACAUUCUAGGAGUUUCCAGCCUCAACUUCAAUGCCAAACCCCAUUCGCAGGCAGUCAUCUCCCAGCUGCAGCCGCGCGCCAUAGCCAUCGACGAAGACCCCAGGAGCAAAGAGCGAUACCAGACCUAUGACUCGCUCUUCUCCGAGCUGUACAAAGGUCUCGGCAGCGACACAGCCGAACCAGAUCUCGAUCAGAUCGCCAGCUUUGUAGAGCAGCAUCGCGAUCGCUUUGAGAACAAGAUCCCGGACAAUUACAUCCGGGCGAUCGAGCUGACGGGGAUUCGACCCUUCUGGGACCAUACCGUGGCUUGCCUACAUGCCAUCGAGCACCAGCUGCCUUUGGAGUGGAUCCAGAUCCCCAGCUCGGUCCUGGAGCGAUCCAUGACGGCCCUGGCACCAGCCAAUGUCGACGAAGUCGAGAGCAAGCUUUCGGAGGACGAUCGCGCCAAGAUCGGUGCCGGCAUGUCGACCGAGCUCGAAGCCCUCUUUGGCACAGUCAACGUCCACAAGAAGGACCUGAGCGCCGUCCGCACCGGCAACCCCAUGGUCGACAACAAGAUCCAAAACCUUGUUCUGACCCCGGAGGCCAUGAUGCGCUACAAGGCUGUCCUAUCUUCAUGGCUCAAUCGCAUCGAUGGCUGGGACAAGUUUGAGAUCUCGUGUGCCCUGCGCGAGGUCCACUACGCCGAGCAGCUGAAGGACUUUUGUCUCGAGCUUGCCAAGCAAAGCCCCGAGCAGCCCGAGCGCCCGGUCCUUGCAAUCGUCGAUCGCAUCUACGUCCCUGGUCUGAGGAAGGAGUGGGAGACCGACAAUUAGGGUCGAUGUAGAAUAGACUACCAUGGCCAACUU